CGUUCUUCCAGAGCAACCGGAGCGCAGAGAGAGAGAGAGAGAGAAGAGAGAUGGCGCAGGCGAUCAUGUCAAAGGGAUUGGAGGUGAAUCCUGCGCUGACGCCUGCUCAUAUCGGCGGAGCUCGGAGGCCGACGCCUGUUCCUUACUCCCUUCCUCUUGGAUCAGUGGCCAGGCCCGGGCCUUUCGGUGGCUUGAGAGCGCGAGGCUGCGGGAGGCGCGCAUCGCCUCUUAGGGUCUCGGCCUCUGUCGCCGUGGCUGCCGAGAAACCAUCGGCGGCGCCGGAGAUCGUGUUGCAGCCCAUUAAGGAGAUCUCCGGUACGGUUAAGCUCCCCGGAUCCAAGUCCUUGUCGAAUCGGAUCCUCCUCCUUGCUGCCCUUUCCGAGGGUACCACCGUGGUGGACAACUUGUUGAACAGUGAUGAUGUUCGCUAUAUGCUUGCUGCUUUGAGAACCCUUGGCCUUUCGGUGGAAGAUGAUGUUGCAACUAAGAGAGCAACAGUUGUAGGAUGCGGUGGCCAAUUCCCGGUGGGUAAAGAUUCUAAACAAGAAGUUGAGCUCUUCUUGGGAAAUGCAGGGACUGCAAUGCGGCCACUGACAGCAGCUGUCACAGCCGCUGGUGGAAAUGCAAGCUACGUACUUGAUGGGGUCCCAAGAAUGAGGGAAAGACCUAUAGGAGAUUUGGUUGCUGGUCUGAAACAGCUUGGUGCAGAUGUUGAUUGUUUCAUGGGCACCAAUUGCCCUCCUGUUCGUGUAAAUGCAAUGGGUGGUCUUCCAGGGGGAAAGGUGAAACUUUCUGGAUCCAUUAGCAGCCAGUACUUGACUGCUUUGCUCAUGGCAGCUCCCUUGGCUCUUGGGGAUGUGGAGAUUGAGAUCAUUGAUAAGCUUAUCUCCAUUCCAUAUGUAGAAAUGACUUUGAAAUUGAUGGAACGUUUUGGAGUUAAGGUUGAGCAUUCUGAUAAUUGGGAUAGAUUCUAUAUCAAGGGUGCUCAAAAAUACAAGUCUCCUGGAAAUGCAUAUGUCGAAGGUGACGCAUCAAGUGCUAGUUAUUUCUUAGCAGGCGCUGCAGUCACUGGUGGCACUGUCACUGUGGAAGGUUGUGGUACAAGCAGUCUACAGGGAGAUGUGAAAUUUGCUGAAGUUCUUGAGAAAAUGGGAGCAAAAGUUUCAUGGACUGAAAAUAGUGUGACUGUUACUGGUCCACCACGGGAUCCUUCCAAGAAGGGACAUUUGCAUGGAAUUGAUGUCAAUAUGAAUAAGAUGCCUGAUGUUGCCAUGACCCUUGCUGUUGUCGCACUAUUUGCUGAUGGCCCUACAGCCAUAAGAGAUGUGGCUUCAUGGAGAGUUAAGGAGACUGAAAGGAUGGUAGCCAUUUGUACAGAACUUAGAAAGCUUGGAGCAACGGUGGAGGAAGGCCCCGACUUUUGUAUCAUUACGCCCCCAGAAAAGUUGAAUAUAACAGCGAUUGACACGUACGAUGAUCAUAGGAUGGCAAUGGCAUUCUCGAUAGCUGCUUGUGCCGAUGUUCCUGUCACAAUCAAAGACCCAGGUUGCACUAGGAAGACAUUCCCCGACUAUUUCGAUGUUUUACAGAGGUUUACAAAGCAUUGAAAUGGGACCUCCCAAAAAGAGUAUAGUGAAGUUCCAAUCCCCGGGUCUGCAGAGAAGCCUCUCUAAAUUUCUCACUAUUUUGUGAUGGACGAUUCUUUGUUUUGCUGCUCAAUAAUGUGACUUGCACUGCCUAUGCAGGUUGUUAUCUUAAGACACCUUUGUAUCUGAAUUGAGUAUUUUUGGGUAGAGGACGCGUUGGUACAUGUCAUUUUAUUUGGAAACAUCCAACCAAAUACGUGUAAUAUGCUGUAGACUGAAUCAGGUCAUGAAUUCUUAUGCCCCUUAUUACCCUA